AUGUCAACUGUGAUAUCAAUUAAGCUGUUGCUGCCCAAGGACGAGGUGUACCUGGCAGGCUCCAGCAUAGCUGGCCAACUGGUUCUGAAGCUUAGGAGCACCCUGGUGGACCCCGUGGUGAAGGUGGAGCUGGUGGGAAGAGGCUACCUGGAGUGGAAGGAGGAAGAUAACCCCCAACUGGACUAUAGCAGGAGCACUAUGUGCAGGAACCAGGCUGUCUUCAUCUCCAAAGCACAGAAUUUCCAUAUAAACGAUGGCUGGCUCGAUUCUGGGGUCCAUACCUUUGACUUCUACUUCAGCUUUCCUCCGGGCCUUCCCUCGACAUUCACCAGCAAAAUUGGCUUCAUCUCAUAUUUUAUUCAAGGAACUUGCAGCGGCCGUGAAAUUGUGUUAGCUAAAGAGAAGAGAAAUUUACUGCUGCAAGGAACCUUUGGCAAUUGUGGAGCAGAUAUGAACAACAUGGAUCCAUUGGUGGUGGAAACUAGGAAGGAUGCCGUUUACCUCUGUUGCUUCAGUCGUGGUUCUGUGAUCCUUCGGAUUUACCUGGAGAAAAACACAUUUUCCCCUGGUGAUCCCAUUGUCUUUGUGACAGAUAUCUCCAACAGGACAUGCAAGUAUAUCAGAAAGGUAGUUUUCGCGGUGCACUGCAUUGUACUGUACAAGGGUGUCAACAACCGAGGAGAACAACGUUCCUUGGAAGACCGAAGUGAGGUGACGAGGCUGGAGUCCCAAACAAACACAGGCCCCUUCCAGGUCAUGCGAGUCACCGGUACACUGGUUCUGCCAAAGCCACUGCCCAUCACCAGCACGCGCAUGGAAAAUGAAAUCAUGUCAUUCAGGUAUGAGCUGGUAGGAACUUCUAAACUUCCUUGUACCAAAUCUGCCUUGGUGGGCAGGGUGCCUGUCAUUGUAGCAGUACCUGAGAUUGAGGAGCAGAGCAUGGAGAAUCCAUGUGAAAAUGAAGAAGACAACUCAGAGGGGAAUGACUCUGACAAAGACGUUUCUGAGAAGGACCUAGAAGCAAGUGAUAGUGAAUCCAGUGAAUAA